AUGAGUCCCAUUAUUCCCAUCUUUAUUGCAGGCUCUAAACAGCAACAUGGGGCAAAUCCUACUAAAAUUUCCUCUGAUAUGGUACUACAUAUAGUAAAUGGAGAUUUAAUCUCUAAAAAUGUCAAAGCUCCAAUGCCUGAAGCUGUAGACUUCAACAACACGACCUUUGCUGCUUGUGAGGACCCUGUCCCUGAUCUACAACCUGGCCAGCCAAAGAUAUUUGGGCAAGUUCUCUUCAGUCAGAUCUUCCCCAAUGGCACUUUAGUGAUCGUCAACCUCCGUGGUUUGCCUGCCACUGAUCAGCAGGUCCGUGCCAUCCACAUCCAUCAGUACGGAGACCUCAGUGAAGGUUGUGUCUCUACCGGUCCUCAUUACAAUCCACAGGGCAUCAACCAUACUGGUCGCCCUGGAGACAUGGGCAACUUUGUUGCCAAGCAAGGAAUUAUACGUCGGAUACUGAACCUCCCGGAGGCCAGGCUGUUUGGGGGUCAAUCCAUACUGGGACGUGCUGUGGUGGUUCAUCAAAAGGAGGAUGAUAUGGGAAUGGGGUCAGAUGAGGAAAGUAAACGUAGUGGGAAUGCUGAGAAAAGAAUUGCGGGGUGUGUCAUUGGUAUUAGCUCUCCACGUUUGUGGAGGCUCUUUUGGGAGGAGGUGGAGGAAAAGAACAAGGUACUUUUAAAAGUACUAGAUGAGAAAAUUGAAGAGUUAGGAGUGUGA